AUGGAUGUAUUAAUAUCACUCAUUGGAGUCGAUAAAAAAAAACUUGACAGAUUAGCUCGAGAUAUUACUUUUACACAGUCUAUCAAUUUAGUAACAAUAUUAUCAAAUGAACAUGAUAAUUCAAGAAACAAUUCAAUACUUGAUAAAUUCUGUUUUUUAAUUUUACCUCGAAUUCAACACGAUAUUCAAUGUCUUACUCUUGAUUCAUUAUCAAUAGAUCGUGCUCUUCGUAUUGGAAAUUAUUCGAAAUUUCAUAAACUUAGUCUUAUUAAUCUUCCAAUUGAAAUGGCAUGUCGUAUUUUCAAUGGUAUUGAUUUAUUGUAUUCACCAAAAGCAUUUAUUGAUUUACCAUCUAGGACAUGUUAUUCAUCAAAUAUUAUUUAUUUAAAUGUUAGGCUUAACGAUUUUAAUGAUUGUCUUUGUUUACUUAAUGGAUAUCUUAGUCAAUUACAUACAUUUAUUGUGGAAAUUGAUAAGAUUUGUAAUACAUUGAUGACUAUCAAUAAUAUGAAAACUGUGUCUAAUCUAAAAUGUUUCUCAUUGAUUUCAUUUCGUGAAACAAUCGAGUAUGAUAAUAAAAUUGUACCAUUGCUUCGUCAAAUGUCAAAAUUAGAAAAACUUACAUUAUCUCUUAUUGUUUAUCGUCGAAUUUUAUUCAUUGAUGGCAAUCAUCUAGUUAAUGAUAUUCUUAGUGAAAUGUCACACUUCCAUACAUUUAUCUUGAAUAUUAUUAGUGAUAGAGUCAUAAUAGAUGAAGAACUUUUACCAACACCUGAUCAUGUUGUACGUACACUCAUCGAAAAAGGAUAUAAUAUUGAAUUUUAUUUGCAAUAUGUUUCCAAAAGUCGCUUACGAUUUAGUUAUCUAUCUAAAAUAUCAGCACUGACUUCAAUUAAAUUUCCUCUACUUGAGCAAUAUCGCCAAACAUAUAAUCCAGCUAAUCCACAAUGUCGGUGUCAUCCGCACCAUGCUACAAUUAUUGAACCUCGAAGCGAUUGUUUUCACAGAUCAGAAACAUUAUUUAUUAGUUUUGCUGGUGGUGCUCUGCUUGUCGGAGGAUUUACAUUUACAGAAUGGAAAUCAACAUUUACAAAAUUUGAUUUACAAGCGGACACAUUAUUUUUAACUGAUCCCGCCCAAUCAUUUUAUUUGCAAGAUUCAACCUAUUCAUGGCAAGGAUUGAAAUAUUAUCGAUCUUUAAUACAAAAAUAUUCUAAAUUAUAUAAGCGUGUUAUAGUAAUUGGAGCUUCAAUGGGAGCAAGUAUGGUUUGUAUGUGUAGCGAUCUUGCUACACUUUCAAUUGCAUUCAAUCCAAUAUUAGAUCCAUCAUUAGUACCUAAUGUGUUUUAUUAUAGAACACGACAGAGGUAUCCGAAAACAAUUAUUUUGAAACAAGUACAGACAAAUAUUGAUAAAAUUAUGAGUGAAAAUCAACAAUCUAUUUUACAUGUUCAUUGGAGUCAAAAAUCACCAGGUGAUAUUGUUCAAUUGAAAUUAAUUCCAAAUCAAAAUGUAAUAUAUUUCACUGAUAUAGAUAAAUGUAACAAGUGUAAAGGAGUCUAUUUUUGGCUUCAUAAUUGCAGUACUCAUGGUUUACCACAAGAUUUGAAACGUCAAGGAAUUUUAACUCAAAUUUUACAACAUCAUUUGAAUGCUUUAGCAUAA